AUGUGCUGCACGGGGAAGUGCGCCCGCCUGGUGGGUCUGAUCCUGCUGCCCUUGGCCUUCGUCUGUAUGAUCGCCAACCUGCUGCUGUUCUUCCCCAAUGGAGAGAGUCUGGAAAACAACCAGAUCUCCCUGCAGGUCUGGCUCAUGGGGGGCCUCAUCGGAGGAGGCCUGUUUAUGCUGUGCCCCAGCUGUUCAGCCAUCAGGGCAGGGGGCAAGGGUUGCUGCGGAAAAGGUUGCUGUGGUAACCGUUGUCGGAUGCUGAACUCUGUGUUCUCCUCUGCGUUCGGCCUGGUCGGAGCCAUCUACUGCACCAGCGUGGCCUCGGCGGGCCUGGCUAUAGGACCCAAGUGUCAGGUGGCCAGCAAAGAAUGGGAGUACCCCUUUGAAAAGAUGUGAGUGUCUAACAGCAGCUACCUGGCAGACAAGACCCUGUGGGAUCUGUGUGUGUUCCCUGAGAACGUGGUGUUGUGGCACAUCGUGCUGUUCGCCAUGCUACUGUGCGCGGGUCUGCUGCAGCUCGUCCUCUGUGGCAUCCAGGUCGUCAACGGCUGCCUGGGCUGCAUCUGCGGGGACUGCCGCGACAACAAGGAGGAUGAAGGCGGUUUGUGA